AUGUUUUACAUCGCACGCACAAUAAUUCUCGUAAUUAUAUUAGACUCGUUUACUUCGGCUAUUCGAAUCGGUUCGUUUAAUUUACAUCAAUAUGGUCCUAAGAAAUCAGCCAAUGCUACUUUGACUAAUAUUGUUGCUCAAAUAAUCAAUGGUUUUGACUUGGCUGUCGUUCAAGAAAUUACCGAUGUGAGCUUAAAAGCGCCCAAUAUCCUUUACGAGGCGCUUAACAAAGUCUCACCAUCGGGCGCUUAUACUAUGGCAUUAAGUGAACGUGUUGGCGAUUCAACAUCAAAGGAACAGUACAUUUUUUUCAAUCGAGAGGCAACUUCUGGCUUGCAACUUCUUAGUGCUUAUGUCUACGACGACAGUGUUUACGAUUAUUUCGAACGAGCACCGUAA